UUUUCAACAUAUAUUAUAAACGAAUCGUUGGAAUUUCCGGAGUACCAAGAAAUUUAGUUUGAAUUUAGUUUUCUGUUCUUAAGCAUAAUGUCAAAAAAGUUAAAGAAUUUCUUACCCGGUAUAUUUGGAAAUAAUAAGGAUACACAAAAACUGUCAAAUGGUGAAAUAAAACUUGAAACGGAUGCAGUACCUGUUGAUGAAGAUGAUAAUGAUAAUGUACCACAAAUACAAAGUGCCAAUAGCACACCUACAGCAUCAGCAGAAUUAACUGAAUCUGUAGUACGUGAAUUAUCAGAUCCAAAUUAUAAUUCUUCAGAUAUUGGACAAAUAGUGCCAACUACUCAAAACGCAUUGGUCGAGCAAAACUCUUUAGCAACUAUGCCAAAUACACUUGCACCCACCAUGAACACAAUGAAUGUGCACAAUGCACAACAACAAUUAGUCAUGCAGUUCUCGAAUGUAAAUAAGUUACACUUUGGUUCUGUUUAUAAUUUUAAUGGUAACACGAAUAAUGCAAACAAUCCGCGUAAACUGAGUGUGGAUGAAAGUGGUGCUACAAUGAGCUCAAGUGCGGAUAGUGGGAAACGACAGACGCCGCGAAAGACAACAAGUGUGGUUGUUAUGAUGCAGUCACAAGAGGAACCAAACCAUCGCAUUUUAGAUACAAUUGCAACACAUUUAGGGGAAGGUUGGAAGCAAGUUAUGCGUGAGUUAGGACUUUCUGAUGGUCAAAUAGAACAAGCAAUAAUUGAUCAUCAAAUGCAUGGGGGCAUUAAAGAGGUAAUCUAUCAACUGUUACUGCAGUGGCAACGAAAUGCUGACGAUGGUUGUGGUACUUUAGGACGCAUCACAGCUUUACUUUGGGAGUUAAAUCAUCGUGAUUGCGUAUUGCGCAUGAAAUUAGUAUGGAAACAAGAAUCUACACGAAAAACUUCAAGGUAAAAAAUGUAUGUGAUUUGUUUAAAUUAUGAAUCUAAUUUGUUGA